GACUUCUCGAAUGACGACACCAAGCUGGAGUACAAUGUGGACGCAGACAAUGGCAUCGCGAUGGAGGGCUACCUGUUUAAGAGGGCCAGCAAUGCCUUCAAGACAUGGAACAGGUCAGCUGCAAGAAAUGAUGCUCUUUCUUAUUUCCUUUCUCUGACAUUCCCUCUUUUUUCUCUCCUUCUCCCCCCUCUAUCUCUCCCUUCACCUUCCCUCCCCCCCGUCUCUCUUUCUCUUAAUUUCUGGUCAAGCUGAUAUCUGUCCCCGAGCACAGCUUCACCAGUGCACUAGACACCACAAUACAUGUCCAGUAUGUAUAACAUGCAUGGGAGCAGUAAUCUUUAUGUCCUCUAACCUUACGGUGAUUAGUUAUUGACUGGGUGGGGAGGUGAUAAGUCUCUGUUUAGUAUGAAUCCGCCCAGGCCCUAGUCAGCCAGGUGGGAAGGAUGGAGGGAUUCAAGGUGCUGAGGCUGCGUCUCCAUGGCAACCGAUAGUGACAUCGAUAGUGACAUGUGGCGUAGUAAGCUGACACCUGGGGGAGCGCUGCCUGAAUGGCGCAGGGCUCUGUGAGCUGCAUGUAGUUAGCAAGGAGAGCUCCAGCUCUUCAUUGUCCUAUAGCCUCCAAAGACAUUCCCUGUACUGGAAGAUGGAGGUCUCUGGAACCAUGCCUUUUGAGAAUUACUUGUAUUACCUAAUCAACUAUUUGUCUCCGAAAAACAAUUGGGUUUCAAAAGUUACAAAGUUAAAUGUUACCACACAGAAAAGCUUUUCCCCCGACAUUAUUUGUCAAACAGCAUAGUUUUCUACCUUACGCUCGCAGAAUAGGAAUCCAGGACUUAAUAACCAUUUUAUCAGGUCAAGGGACAUUAAUCUAUAUAUUUAUCUUUCAUUAAAUCUCUAACCAUUUCAAUUUACUUUUUUAACUCUAACUUCUUUCUCUGGCUACUGAGAAUAGUUGGAAUGCUAGCAUGGAUUUCAGAGACAUCCUUUUGCCUCUGAGAUAAAUGCGCUAAAUUGUGUCACCGUUGACCCGUGACCAUGACUGCUGGUGUGAUCUCCUUUCAGGCGCUGGUUCUCCAUUCAAAACAAUCAGUUAGUUUACCAGAAGAAAUUCAAGGUAAGCCUGAUGACUCCGGCAAAUUUCCCAAAUGGCACCCUAUUCCCUAUGGGCCCUGGUGAAAAGUAGUGCACUUAAUAGGGAAUAGAGGGCCAUUUAGGAUGCAGCCUCCAACUGCACAGCCCACCAUCAAAUAUACAUGUUUCACUUCCAGCCCAAUAUUUCCCCUAAAUGUUUUAUGCAAUGAAGUAGCGUUGAAUAUGGAGCACAGUUAAUAGAUGAUGAGUUUGUGGAAUGUGGAGGAAAACAAUUCACUCUGCUGCAGGUUACAAUGUGAAAUCAUAGUCUAUGCAGUGUUGUAUACUUCUGAAGCAUUCGCAUUGUGUCAGAGCGCCGUGUGUGUGUGCAAUUUUAUCUGAGUGUGUAUUGUGCAUUGUAGUGUGUGGGCUUUACUAAGGCUGUGUGUGUUCUCCUUUCCCAGGAUAAUCCCACAGUGGUGGUGGAGGACUUGCGACUAUGCACAGUCAAACACUGUGAGGAUAUCGAACGCCGCUUCUGCUUCGAAGUGGUGUCCCCCACCAAGUGAGUACACACACACACACAAUAUAAUGCGCAUAUACAGUGCAUUCGGAAAGUAUUCCGACCUCUUCCCUUUUUCCACAUUUUGUAACGUUACAGCCUUAUUCUAAAAUUGAUCAAAUUAAUUUUAUUCCUCAUCAAUCGACACACAAUAACCCAUAAUGACAAAGCGAAAACAGGUUUUUAGAAAUGUUUGCAAAUGUAUUAAAAAUAAAAAUAAACAUACCUUAUUUACAUAAGUAUUCAGACCCUUUGCUAUGAGACUCGGAAAAGGGUUGCUAUUUGAAGAAUCUCAAAUAUAAAAUAUAUUUUGAUUUGUUUAACACUUCUUUGCUUACUACAUGAUUCCAUAUGUGUUAUUUCAUAGUUUUGAUGUCUUCACUAUUAUUCUACAAUGUAGAAAAUAGUGAAAAUAAAGAAAAACCCUUGAAUGAGUAGAUGUUCUAAAACUUUUGACCGGUAGUUUAAGUAUUCAGACCUUUUGCUAUGAGACUCAAAAUUGAGCUCAGGUGCAUCCUGUUUCCAUUGAUCAUCCUUGAGAUGUUUCUACAACUUGAUUGGAAUCCACCUGUGGUAAAUUCAAUUAAUUGGACAUGAUUUCGAAAGGCACACACCUGUCUAUAUAAGGUCCCACAGUUGUCAGUGCAUGUCAGAGCAAAAACCAAGCCAUGAGGUCGAAGGAAUUGUCUGUAGAGCUCCGAGACAGGAUUGUGUCGAAGCACAGAUCUGGGGAAGGGUACCAAAAAAUUUCUGCAGCAUUGAAGGUCCUCAAGAACACAGUGGCCUCCAUCAUUCUUAAAAGGAAAACGUUUGAACCACCAGCACUCUUCCUAGAGCUGUCCGCCGGGGGAGAAGGGCCUUGGUCAGGGAGGUGACCAAGAACCUGGUCACUCUGAGUUACUCUGUGGAGAUGGGAGAACCUUCCAGAAGGAAUACCAUCUCUGCAGCACUCCACCAAUCAGGCCUUUAUGGUAGUGGCCAGACGGAAGCCACUCCUCAUUAAAAGGCACAUGACAGCCCGCUUGGAGUUUGCCAAAAUGAACCUAAAGGACUCUCAGACCAUGAGAAACAAGAUUCUCUGUUCUGAUGAAACCAAGAUUGAACUCUUUGGCCUGAAUGCCAAGCGUCACGUCUGGAGGGAACCUGGCACCAUCCCUACGGUGAAGCAUGGUGGUGGCAGCAUCAUGCUGUAGGGAUGUUUUUCAGCGGCAGGGACUGUGAGACUAGUCAGGAUCGAGGGAAAGAUGAACAGCGCAAAGUACAGAGACAUCCUUGAUGAAAACCUGUUCCAGAGCGCUCAGGACCUCAGACUGGGAUGAAGGUUCACCUUCCAACAAGACAACGACCCUAAGCACACAGCCAAGACAACGCAGGAGUGGCUUCGGGACAAGUCUCUGAAUGUCCUUGAGCGGGCCAGCCUGAGCUUGAACCCGAUUUCAACAUCUCUGGAGAGACCUGAAAAUAGGUGUGCAGCGACGCUCCCCAUCCAACCUGACAGAGCUUGAGAGGAUCUGCAGAGAAGAAUGGGAGAAACUUCCCAAAUACAGGUGUGCCAAGCUUGUAGCGUCAUACCCAAGAAGACUCGGCUGUAAUCGCUGCCGAAGGUGCUUCAACAAAGUACUGAGUAAAGGGUCUGAAUACUUAUGUAAAUGUAUAUUUUCCUUCUUUUUUUUUUUUUUUACAUUUCUAACAACCUGCUUUUGCUUUGUCAUUAUGGGGUAUUGUGUGUAGAUUGAGGGAAAACAACAAUUGAAUCAAUUUUAGAAUAAGGCUGUAACGUAUCAAAAUGUGGAAAAAGUCAAGGGGUCUGAAUACUUUCCAAAUGCACUGUGCCUUCAGGAAGUAUUCACACCCCUUGACUCUUUCCACAUUUUGUUGUGUUACAGCCUGAAUUUAAAAUGUCUUGAAUUUAGAUUUUUUUUGUUACUGUCCUAUACACAAUACCCCAUAAUGUCAAAGUGGAAUUAUGUUUUUCGACAUUUUUACAAAUGAAUAAAAAAUGAAAAACUGAAAUGUCUUGAGUCAAUUACUAUUCAACCCUUAUGUUAUGGUAAGCCUAAAUAAGUUGAGGAGUGAAAAUUUGCUUAACCAGCCGCAUAAUAAGUUGCAUGGACUCACUCUGUGUGCAAUAAUAGUGUUUAACAUGAUUUUGAAUGACUACCUCAUCUCUGUACCCCACACAUACAAUGAUCUUUAAGGUCCUUCAGUCGAGCAGUGAAUUUCAAACACAGAUUCAACCAAAAAGACCAGGGAGGUUUUCCAAUGCCUCACAAAGAAGGGCACCUAUUGGUAGAUGGGUAAAAAAAAAAAAAAGCAGACAUUGAAUAUCCCUUUGAGCAUGGUGUAGUUGAGGAUGGGUCAACAACAUUGUAGUUACCCCACAAUACUAACAUAAUUGACAGAAGGAAGGAAGGAAGCCUGUACAGAAUAUAAAUAUUCCAAAACAUGUAUCCUGUUUGAAAUAAGGCAAAUCCAACACAACACAUCACUGAGUACCACUCUUCAUAUUUUUAAGCAUGGUGGUGGCUGCAUCAUGUUAUGGGUAUGCUUGUCAUCGGCAAGGACUAGGGAGUUUGUUAUUAUAAAAAUAAAUGGAAUAGAGCUAAGCACAAGUACAAUUCUAGAUGAAAACCUGGUUCAGUCUGCUUUCCAACAGACAUUGGCACCUUUCAGCAGGACAAUAACCUAAAACACAAGGCCAAAUAUACACUGGAGUUGCUUACCAAGAUGACAUUGAAUGUUCCUGAGUGGCCUAGUUACAGUUUUGACUUAAAUUGGUUUGAAAAUGGCUGUCUAGCACUGAUCAAACACCAACUUGACAGGGCUUGAAUCAUUAAAAAAAAGAAUAAUGUGCAAAUAUUGUACAAUACAAGUGUACAAAGUUCUUAGAGACUUACCCUGAUAGACUCACAGCUGUAAUCGCUGCCAAAGGUUAUUCUAACAUCUAUUGACUCAGGGGGUUGAAUACUUAUCUAAUCAAGAUAUAUUAGUGUGUUCUUUUUUUUAUACAAAUGUUUUUUGUUUUUUAUCCACUUUGACAGAGUAUUUUGUGAAGAUCAUUGACAAAAAAAAUCACACUUUGUAACACAACAAAAUUUGGAAAAGUCUAGGGGUGUAUACACUUCCAGAUACAAGUGCAUACAGACACCCAAAUAUGACUUGCACUCAGAAAUGCACACACACACACAGAGAGAGAGACACAGAUGCCAGCUAGUGAAGAGCUCCAGUAGCAGGCCAGGGAGCAGGCUGAUGUUUCUUGGUGUCCCUCCCCUUUCAGGAGCUGUAUGAUGCAGGCAGACUCUGAGAAGCUGAGGCAGGCCUGGAUCAAAGCCGUCCAGAACAGCAUCGCCACCGCCUUCAGGGAGCAGGGAGAGGACGCGGAGGUGAGUCACCGCACACUGGCUUAACUUAUGCACUCAAUACAUUUUUUUAUGUUUAGUCUGUCAUUUAUUGCUAUUUGUUUCCAUUAUCUCCAUGUCAGGACAAAAAUUAUCAGACAUACCUCAUAGACAACAGAGGUGAACAAAAAGCAAGGAUAUCCCUCUAGUGUGCUGCAACCCCUCCGUGUGUGUCUGUGUGUAUCUGCCUUGUGUGACAAAUCAAUGUGGUCUGUGACAAUAGGCAAUAAAGUAAUCCUCUUCUAGAGUGUGUGUGUGUGUAGGUAUGCGGGAGUGUGUGCAUCUUGUGUAAAACAUCAUGUAUUCGACCCUCCACACCAGAAGCUGGACCGGAAGUCUUCCACGUCGACUGGCAGCCUGGACUCGGGCGGCGAGCCCAAAGAAAAGUCACUAAAGGGGGAGAAUGCCCUCCAGAGGGUCAUGGUCAUUGGGGGCAAUGCCUGCUGCUGCGACUGUGGCCAGCCUGACCCCCGCUGGGCCAGCAUCAAUCUGGGCAUCACCCUCUGCAUCCAGUGCUCUGGAAUACACAGGUACAUUCCUAUCACUGCAAAUACUACACACCAAGGCACUACUGUAUACCAAACUUCAUAUGUAUUCACCAACGUACGAUACCGAAGUACCACCAAGAUGACACUGAGAUGAAUCCAAAAUAUUAUCUUACCAUGGUAUUAUAAAGGUACUAUACAACAAGUUACUGGACAGUUGACUGGUGCUAUACAACAGUACAAAGGUUGAAUGUUUUUUUACUAGAUGGGAAUAAUAAUACAAAAAAUCUAAGGGUCAGCAAAUUUGACCCCAAGCAAGCGCAUUUUGGACUGUAGACUCUCCCUUACUGACUGUGUACUCCCACCUUGUGGCCACAGCACACACUACACCCUUGAUUGACCAGCAUGUAACGCAAACUAAUCAGCCUUUGAAGCUGUGGAGUCAUUUAGUUAUUUUUAGACAAUGUCCUUGAUUUAUGAGUUGCUAACAGACUCUCACCAUCUGCAGGAGUCUUGGGGUCCAUUUCUCUAAGGUGCGCUCACUCACCCUGGACUCAUGGGAACCGGAACUACUCAAGGUGAGAAAAGAGGGAGUGGGAGGAGGGUUUGCCUAACAGAUGGGCCUAAAGGCGUCCACAUGCUUCCCAGACGAAACAGUUCGGAACAGUUCGUGCAUAUAUUAUGACAACAUUUUGUGAAAUUUUUUGUUUGUUUUGGACUUCGGUAAGUCUACACCCCUUCGCCGGUGAUUGGUCAACAGUAGGGAUUCUUCAAUAAAGUCUUUGUUGUCAUUCAAUUGAAAAACACUGCCCAAACUGAUUUUUAUAUGUCAUGACUUUACAUGCCUGACUUUAUAUGUCACUUUACAUGAAAUGUGGCAUGCUGUCCUCUGAAUGUGCUGGUUAAUUUUGACACAUAGUAACUGUAUUAUUUGUUUGUGUGUGUGUGGUACACAGCUGAUGUGUGAGCUGGGGAACGGGGUCAUCAACCAGAUCUACGAGGCUCGUAGAGAGGAACUGGGAGCCAGGAAGCCAAGGCCAGCAGACCCCAGGUAUGGUACUGCCAACUUCUCUGUCUACCAUCAUGGAGACAAGGGGGGCGAUGGUUAACAUUAUCCAUUGGUUCUGCCAUUGAUUUGAUUGAUUGAUGAUGACGUUUAUUAUCCUUCAAGGGAAAAUUCAUGGCACUUGCAACAUUAGAGUUGUGGAUUAUUCCUCCGUGAACCUCAUUAAAUAAACUCUGUACAGCUAGUCGAUUUGGAUAAAAGCAUCUGAAAAAUAACUAUUUAUAUUAAAUAAAUAAAUAAAGUGUAGUCCCACAUAAGUAGCAAGUGUGAUACUACAGCAAGACUGCAAUCUUUCCUUGGGUUGCCAGAUGGGUUUAAUUUGUUGAAUUCACUCUCCCUCUGCGUCCCAUGUCUUUCCCCAGGCAGGAUAUCGAGGCCUACAUCAGGGCCAAGUACGUGGACCGGCAUUUCGUGCGGCGCCUGUCCGACGAGGAGCUGCGCUCCAAGGUGGUGUCCCUGUCGAAGCAGGAGAAGAGGCUGAGCAGCAGUUCAGAGCACCUGCCCCCCCGGCCGCCCCCGCCCACGCCCAAACUACGGCCUGCCUCCAACGCCUCAGGUCAGUCAGGUAGGUGUCAACACAUCCCGGAUCCAGUCUCUUAAAGGUGCAGCACAAAAACGGCAAUCAUAGCGCCUGUUCCUCUUCCUCUUUGAUUUUACACUUGCAAAGACCCCAUCCCCCUCAGUCCUCCAAAACAAAAACAAACAAGCGGUAGGGUCUGUUACUGUUAUUACUGUUGACCAAAAAUACAGUACCAACUAUGGAGUGUGCCUUUAAAGGUACAGCAACAGAAUUGCCCUACACUAGUAUAAUAGAACAACACCAUGUCAUGCUCAGGACACACAACAGAAGGCACCCUCUCUCCCAUCUCCUCUCUUUUUCUCUCUUUUUGAGGUAGCCUAGCCUGUAGUCUAACUGCCUGUGCUUCUAUCCUCUCCUUUCAAUCCCUCUCUUCUCCACCCUCCUCCGGCUUCUCUGUGCUUCUGGACUAACCCCUUUCCCCUCGCUGCCUUUUAUUCCUUCCUUCCUACCCUUCCACCUCGUGCCCUUUGCUCUCUGACCCCAUCCAUUGCCCUUGCCUAGCUGCCACCAAGGGCUUGGAGGCCCGCCGUGACUCUCUCUUCUGUCCCGACGAGCUUGACUCGCUCUUCUCCUACUUUGACACCUCCGCCAAGCUCAGGAGCAGUAAGUACGGCCCUGUGUUUUGCUCUCCACCUCCUUCUCUUCCUCCACCCAUCUGUAUUCACCGCUCAGGCUGUCGACUAAUGCCCAUUCCAUCCCCCAUCUCACUCUCUAAAUGGAUAGUGCCGUCAUCUUGAAUGUAUUGGUGUGGAGCAUACCAUGUGUUCCUCUCGGGGUUGUCUCAUCACGUGGUUGUGGUCAGUGUCUUGUCUAUAGGUUUCAUCUGUCUUAUUGUGGCUGUGGGGUCAGCCGGGAAAUGGCCUCACUGGGUGUGGCGGCCAAAGUGCACUGCAUUCUCUAACCACUUGGUUGAAGUUGGUGAAUGUGUGUGCGCUGUUGUAUAGUGACUGUGAGUGAUUGUGACUGUUUGGUCCCCCGCAGUAAGAAGUGCAGACAGUGGCAUCCAGAACAGUGCUGAUGGGAGUAGGGAGAUGCUGGCCACCAUCCCCUCCACGAACAGCCUGGCUGAAGCAGGUGAGACACAUACACACCAGCCUGAUGAGUCUCACUCAUACCCAGCCUAUAGUGAAAUAUAGCUAGCUGUUCAAUAACCCCAUACAUGUGCACACAUUGAAACUAGAACUCCGUAACUCAUUUAAAUUCCUAUAUUUAAAUAUCCACCUGAUUACCAUGACAAACAACAAUUUACACCUUGAUACUCCUGAUAACCUCUUUACUCCCACUCUCUUUUUCUACCCCACCCCCAGAAGCUGCCGAGGCGCCUCCCAUGACUAUGCCUGCCAUCCUGUCCCCUCCGUCGCCCUGUAAGGAGGUGGUGGUGUUCUCGGAGCCCAAGGAGUACUCCCCGGGACUGCAGCUCUACUGGGCCUCGUGUGCCCGCAGCCUGCCUGACAUGGCCGAGGCCCUGGCCCACGGAGCGGAGGUCAACUGGGUCAACACCGACAACGAUAAGAGGACCCCGCUCAUCAUGGCCGUGCAGGGGGUGAGAUGGAUGGAUAGGGUACUUGAGUAUUGUGGAGAGGCGUGCGGAGUGUGUGUGUUCUUCAAGUGGACCUGGUCUUCUCUCUCUCUCUGUGUGUGUGUGUGUGUGUGUGUGUGUGUGUGUGUGUGUGUGUGUGUUAAAUGGACUGGUCCUUUUCUAAACAUCUGUCACCUGUACGUGUGUGUAUAAUUUGCAUGUCAUACCUAUAUUUCCAGGGCUCUUUGGUGACGUGUGAGUUCCUGCUCCAAAAUGCGGCCAACGUGAACCAGCAGGACGCCCAGGGCCGAGGACCCCUUCACCACGCCACCAUCCUGGGUCACACCGGGUCAGUCUCCCCCCUCUCACUACUUACCAGUAGCACAACCUCCACUCUUUUACUAGGCCCGUUAAAGACUCCAUACAAUGACUGUUCUUAUAGAGUAGACAUUAGAGGCCUGUACUAAAACAGCUCUAGCAUUAAAGGUCUGUUAUUCCUAGACUAUUUCACUUGGCUUAAUAUUAUAACAGACUGCUUCUUUGACUCUUUAUCUCCUCAUCUGACUUUUUUUUUAAUGUGUUUUGGUUGAGAUUAAAGCCAUUAUGGCAAGCCUCCGCUAAGGCAGUUUGUAAAUUAUUUGACCGUAAUAGACCAGGGUAGUAUUUGAGGUUAUUUGUGUUUGAGGUUAAUUGUGGUGACCCAAGUUGACAGUCUAUGAUCUUAGUUCAUGUUGGGGUAUUAAAAUAGAUUGGUUCCUUUUGAAUUUUUUUCUCCAAUACAGUCAAGUGUGUUUAUUCCUGAAAAAAGGAGCCAAUCAGAAAGCGGCAGACAUUGAAGAGAAAACGCCCCUAUCCAUGGCAGUGGACGCUGCCAAUGCAGACAUUGUCACAUUGUGAGUGUUGUGCCUGUUGGCCUUUUUCAAUAGAAUAUAUACAGUAGAUACUAGGUACGUAAAGUGCAUUUAUUUUUAGAUGGUAAAAUAGAUACCUGUAACCUUUAAAUAAAAGCUAACAUUCUGUUUUUGCCUCAUAAAAAUGGCAAAACAUCGGUUGGAUAAAGUGACUGUUCUUUCUCCAUAUCAAUCAAAUAACCUUUGUUAAAAUCUCCCUCCCCCCUCCCUUUUUCCCAGGCUACGAUUGGCCAAAAUGAACGAGGAGAUGCGGGAGGCGGAGGGGCCCUACAUGCAGUCAGGUCAAUAUUCCACCAACAGCCCCACCGAGAUGCAAUACAGGAAGUGCAUGCAGGAGUUUAUUAGCCUGCAGCUGGAUGAGCCCUAGAGACAGUAGAGCCCCAAUACACAGACAGGACUAGCAUCAUAUCUUUAAUAAGCAGACAUAUGAUGGCCUGUGUUGUUGUUCAAUACUUCUAUGAAGACUCAGGUCAGCUAGGUGGUGAGCUAAGCUGCAUCUUGUGUCUGGAGAAAGGUGCUAGACAUUUAUUUACGUGACCGGGGUCAAAGCCAUCAGCCGUAGAGCCAGUGUUUUGACUACUGAACAGCUGUGACUCGCUGCUCCUUUGAAGUCGUGGCUGUUGUUGUCUGUUGCGUUCCAACUUUCAAACAGCCAUGUCUUUAUUAGUUGCGAUGUCUAUUCGAAGAGAACUUGCAACAGAGGUCGUCAUGACUAUGUUACGUCAGUCUUGACUAUCAGGCAAUAAUCCUGACUUUUGAAUGACAGUUUUGACCAUCAGACUGUUGAGUAGCUAGCAGUGUCUUGCCAUGCACCAGGUGUGAUUUAUUAGUGAUUUACCUUAGGGAAUAUUUGUAUGGAUAUUCCUAAUAUGCUUAUGCAAUAUUUCAGUGUGUUACAUGCUUGUAUGGUUCCCACAGUGAGUCUUAAACUCCUCUGUGUAAAAGACCUUGUCUUGUUUACUUGUUUGAACUUUUUAUCGUUACAAUGAAGUAUCAAUCUUGGCACAUUUUACGUAUGCAUUUUACCUUUGUGAAAUUGACUUCGGAAAGAAUAUUUUAAAACGGUUGCUUUUUUAAGAAAACAAUUGGAACUAUAGAAGCAUAAUAGUUGUUGUAAAUUAUGUAUUGUACAUAAAUAUAAAUUUCUAUAUCAUAACAGUAUUAAGCAGAAUAGGAAGUAAAGUUGAGAGAUUCUCUGAAGCGGUAAUGUUAAACAACACUAUGGGUGAGUGCUGUGGCUUCUGUGCUUGCAUCCUUGUAUUUUAUUUUUUGUAUUGUGUGGUAUUUUAUACAUCUGUUUAAAGUAUUAAGCUUGAUUGAUUGUUAGUCUACCUGGUUACAGUAUGCUGCCUGUCAAAAUGGAACAUUUUCCCCCCACUGGGAAUCCUGUUCUUUGUCUGACUUUUGACAACAUUAAUUGACUGUCCUUAAUGUUAGCUGACACUAUUUAGUCUCAUGCACCAUGUAGUCCUGCUCUGUGACCAGCCAGUGUGUAGUGAUGCACUGAGGAGAUUGAGUAUCAGUUUAAAAAUAGCGAUUUUAAUGAUUGUGAUGAAUAGCGCUGUUCCUGAAAAGUCUAAAGGCCUUUGUAUGUCGGAUUCAGUCUUUUACGAUUAUCACGUCACACUGCAAUGUUACCAAAUUAAAAUCUGAUCUACGAUUGGCUUGCGAGGCUACGUCAGCAGACAUAGGCUAUGUCAACUGCAGCGGUGUAUUUGAUCUGCGCAUGUAGCAGCACACACUAUGCUUAUCUGCUAGUGAAGUGAGUUCAGAAAAAACUGGAAGUAUGCUAACUUUAUAUGUCCAAACUCAGAA